AUGAACAAGUUUCCUGCCUCCUUCUUUCCCAUUGUCAAAGGAGCCGACCAAGGAAAGUUCAUGAUUGGCAAGCUAAAUUUUGACAGUGGAUUUUGUGGAAACAGAUUGACAUUUGAUAUUAUUUUUUUCCUCUCACAGAUACUUCCUGGUUUGUUCCUUGGAAAUUUUAAAGAUGCUCGUGACACCGAACAACUAAAACAGAAUAACAUUACACACAUUCUUUCAAUCCAUGACAGUGCUCGGCCCAUGUUGGAGGGAAUAAAAUACCUAUGUAUCCCUGCUGCAGAUUCACCCUCACAGAAUCUAGCAAGGCACUUUAAAGAAAGCAUUGCUUUUAUCCAUGAGUGUCGGCUUAGAGGGGAAGGUUGUCUUGUCCACUGUCUCGCCGGUGUUUCCAGGAGUGCAACCUUGGUUGUGGCCUAUAUAAUGACCAUCACUGAUUUUGGCUGGGAGGAUGCAUUGUCUGUUGUCCGGGUGUCGAGAUCAUGUGCCAAUCCAAAUACAGGCUUCCAGCAACAGCUUGAAAACUUUGAAAAAAAUGAAGUGGCCCAGUUCCGAGAUUGGCUUAAAGCAAACUAUGGCGAAAACCCUUUGCAAGACAAUCAAGAAGCCCAGGCCCUUCUGCAGAAGUACAGACUCCAUGCGGCGGAUCCUUACAAAGAGUUCAGGAAGGCAGUAGAAUGAUAUUCUUGUUUCGGUGACUGCAGAUCAUUUAUUGUAACCUUCAGGAUAUAGUUACAACUAAGCAGGGCAACUUGCACCCACAUCUUCCUGCACCUGCCGAAAAAGGAUUGCUUGAAAAGGAAUAAUUGGGGGGGAGGAGCACAGGGGGCUAUUUGGGUUGUUAUAAUACACCUUUCUUUAAAUAUUCGAGGAGCGGGACUCCAGAACGUGGACUCUGUUAUACUCGUGGUUGAUCUUGCCUUUAUUAU